UACAAAUUCGACACCUUCCGUGGUCAAACACCACGCGCUUCCAUUUAGAAAGAUGGCCACACACGACUUCAUUUCUGGGUUUUUGGGUGGCAUUGCAGGUGUCGUCUGCGGAUUUCCACUUGACACAGUAGUUAUCAGACUGCAGACACAAACCUUAGGAGGACCCGUUUACAAAAAUGCGUUGCACUGCUUCACAUCUAUUGUGAGAACGGAGUCUUUACUAGGAUUGUACAAGGGGGUUGCCAUACCUCUUACAACAUCUGUAGUCACUGAAGCCAUUCUUGUCUCUCUGUAUGGUACAACAUUGAGACUUAUUGGUGGUCCAGAAGAGUCGGUCUUGAACAUACACAGUGCAAACGUUUCUCUGAAAGCCGGUGCUCUGACAGGAUUGGCUUUUAGUGUUGUAGAUACUCCACUGGACUUUGUGACAACACAAUUACGGAUGCAGAGUAAGGGAAUUAGAAGGCUCGAUGAAGCUCGUCGUCUGUUUACUGGACCGUUUCUUUUUCUACAUCAGCUGUAUCAAGAAAAGGGGCUUAUUAGCAGUCUGUAUAAAGGAUCGGUGGCGACUCUGUUUAGAAAUGUGAUUGGGUAUUCUCUGUAUUUCUUUGGUUGGGAUUUCUUUCGAUAUUUGCUUCUUCCUGCAAGUGGAAAUCGUGAAGACCUUGGCUUUGUUAGAAUCACCCUUGCUGGUGCACUGUCUGGUUGUAUUAGUGUUUGUUCUUCUUAUCCAUUUGAUGUCAUUCAGUCUCGAAUACAAGGUGAUCAAAACAGGUCAAAUCCUGUCUAUCGAAGCACAAUGGAUUGCAUUAGAAGGACAUAUAAAGAAGCAGGACUUAAAGGGUUUUUUCCAGGUCUAACUCUUGCUCUGCUAGUUUAUGGUUCUGCUAGUGGAAUAGCCAUGCUUGUUGUAUCUGCAUACCUGUCAUAUGUUCGUGGUGAAUAUGAUAACCAUUAGCACACAACAAUUUUAAUG